AUGGACCAGGCUGGAGUGAGCCAAGUGGUGAGGUCCCAGAUCCAGGAGGAGGUUGCCCCUCCAAUCCAGGGUGGCUUCCUGGAAGGCUACCUCAAGUGUGACAUGGACGAUGCCUCGGAAACCCGUGAGGAGAACCUGGGGGAUGAGGCCUUCGACACGGUCACCUCCUCCAUUGUGUCUGGCGAGAGCAUCCGUUUUUUUGUCAACGUCAACCUGGAGGUGCAGCCCGCCCAGGCUGCCGAGAGUGAGUCGCCGGGCGGCUGCGGGCUCCUACACACCUCCCGCAAGUACCUGAAGUUAAAGAACUUUGAGGAAGAGGUACGUGCACACCGGGACCUCGACGGCUUCCUGGCACGGGCCAGCAUCAUCCUGAACGAGACGGCUACCUCGCUGGAUGAUGUGCUGCGGGCCAUGCUGUCCCGCUUAGCCCAUGACCCCCACAACACCGAGCCCGACUGCAAUUUGCGCCUGUUCAUGGCCAUGCUCUUCACGGAUGCCGGGGCUCCCAUGGAGGGUAAAGCCCACCUGCUGUCAGACACCAUCCAAGGGGUCACUGCCACUGCCACAGGGGUGCAAUACCAGCAGUCCUGGAUCUGCAUCAUCUGUACCUCCAAGGCCCUGCAGAAGCGGCACGUGUGCAUCAGCCGGCUGGUUCGCCCACAGAACUGGGGAGAGAACUCGUGUGAGGUGCGAUUCGUCAUCCUGGUGCUGGCCCCGCCCAAGAUGAAAAGCACCAAGACUGCAGCUGAGGUGGGGCGCACAUUCGCCACCAUGUUCUUGGACAUCACCUUCCGCCAGAAGCUCCUGAACACCCGCACGGAGGAAGAAUUCAAGGAGGCUCUGGUGCAUCAGAGACAGCUGCUCACCAUGGAGAGGCAGCGUUCAUCCAUCGGGACAAAGGGUUACAUGAACUCCAUCAGCAUACACAAAUCCCCACAGCCCCCGAAGCACAAGGACUUUCUCCCUAUGGGGAAGGGCAUCCGGGAGGACAUCGCCCGCAGAUUCCCUGUGUACCCACUGGACUUCACUGACGGCAUUAUCGGCAAAAAUAAGGCUGUGGGCAAAUACAUCACCACCACCCUGUUCCUCUACUUUGCCUGCCUCCUGCCUACCAUCGCUUUUGGGUCCCUCAACGAUGAGAACACCAACGGGGCCAUCGAUGUGCAGAAAACCAUAGCAGGGCAGAGCAUUGGAGGCCUCUUGUACGCACUCUUCUCUGGGCAGCCGCUGGUGGUACUGCUGACCACUGCGCCCCUGGCCCUCUACAUCCAAGUAAUUUCUGGCAUCUGUGAGGACUACGAUCUGGACUUCAACACCUUCUACGCGUGGACGGGCCUGUGGAACAGUUUCUUUCUCGCGCUUUAUUCCCUCUUCAACCUCAGCCUGCUCAUGAGUCUCUUCAAGAGGUCAACAGAAGAGAUCAUUGCCCUGUUCAUUUCCAUCACGUUCAUGCUGGAUGCUGUCAAGGGCAUGGUUAAAAUCUUCCAGAAGUACUACUAUGACAACUUUGGGAACCACCAUGAAGACAACACUUCUAUGGUGAGCCUGCUGGGCCUCGGCACCAGCCUCAACACCAGCCUCCACACCGCCCUCAACACCAGCCUCCUGGCGAGCCCCCUGGAGUUGACCUCCGUAAGCGGCCCUGGUACUGAGCACCCGGGCCGGGAGACUGCUGUACUGAGCCUCCUGAUCAUGCUGGGCACGCUGUGGCUGAGCUACACCCUCUACCAGUUCAAGAAGAGCCCCUACCUGCACCCCUACAUGAGGGAGAUCCUGUCAGACUGUGCCUUGCCCAUCUCGGUGCUCACCUUCUCCCUCAUCUGCUCCUACGGCUUCCGGGAAAUUAAAAUGAGCCAGUUCCGCUACAACCCCAGCAAGAGCCUGUUUGAGGUAGCCGAGAUGCACUCCCUGUCCCUGGGCGCCGUCACCAGUGCCAUGGGCCUGGGCUUCCUGCUCUCCUUGCUCUUCUUCAUUGAGCAGAACCUGGUGGCUGCCUUGGCUAAUGCCCCAGAGAACAGGCUGGUGAAGGGCACCGCUUACCACUGGGACCUCCUGCUCAUCGCCAUCAUCAACAGUGGGCUGUCUCUGUUUGGGCUGCCCUGGAUCCAUGCCGCCUACCCCCACUCCCCACUGCACGUGCGGGCAUUGGCCAUGGUGGAGGAGCGUGUGGAGAACGGUCACAUUUACGAGACGAUCGUGAAUGUGAAGGAGACACGGCUGACUACGCUGGGUGCCAGCAUCCUGGUGGGCUUCUCCCUCCUGCUGCUGCCCUUCCCCCUGCAGUGGAUCCCCAAGCCGGUGCUCUACGGCCUCUUCCUCUACAUCGCGCUCACCUCCAUUGACGGCAACCAGCUCUUUGAGCGCGUGGCCCUGCUGCUCAAGGACCAGACCUCGUACCCGCCCACCCACUACAUCCGGAGGGUGCCCCAGCGGAAGAUCCACUACUUCACGGGCCUGCAGGUCAUGCAGCUGCUGCUGCUCUGUGCCUUUGGCAUGAGCAACCUGCCCUACAUGAAGAUGAUCUUCCCCCUCAUCAUGAUCGUCAUGAUCCCCAUCCGCUACAACCUGCUGCCCCGAAUCAUUGAAGCCAAGUACCUGGACGUCAUGGAUGCUGAACACUGA